AUGCAUGUUCUUUACUUGACCCAGCUCCCGGAAAUGGUUACGUUUGACUUCCUGUGCCGAAAAGCUGGUGAGGAAAGGAGUCGCCGAUUUUCGAAUAGAACAGUUGUAAAACUGGAACUGUACUUCCCAGUUGUCCGUCAUCCCUUCACUUAUGAAGAAAAUAAAUACCUCACGUUUGCUAUGAAGAUAAGAACAUUACAGGGCAAAUGCUUAUAUCCUGUUCAGUUCAGACCCGAGACGUCUUUCUAUGAAGCAAGUAACUAUGAUUGGCCGGAAAGUGGAUACUGUGAGUCAGCAGCGAUUAGUUCCUUAACUUAA